UGGUACUUCCUGCUUUAGUUUUUGCUUGUAAGCUGGAAUCUUUAGGAUAGAGUUAUGGUCAGAUUUGCCAAAUGGAGGGCGAGCUUUGUAUGCGUCUCUGUGUGUGGAGUAAAGGUUGUCUAGAGUUAUCCACUCACCGACUAAUUCUCACAAGGCACCCUGACCUCUGCCCCCUGUGCCUCCAUCUUUUCUUCAAUCGAAUAACGUGGAUUUGGGCCUGGUCUCUGAGAAACUGUAUAUAUUUUGCGUCGGGCUCAAUAAAGAAAAAAUCUUCAUCCAGUUCGAGGUUUCAGAGGGUACAGCUGGUUUGAUGCCCGCAGAGCCACGAUGGAGCUCUCUGACUCAGUCACACAGAGGAAGCCCGCUGUCCCCCAGGGGGACAUGAGGGACAGGGUUCUCAACACUACGCCUGACAUGGACAUGGAGGUGGAGGUGGACCAAGUAAACGACGCGGAGGACAACGGACAUCCCAGGGUGCAGCCUGGGAUCAGAGGGGAGCUGGGGAACAUAUCUCUGCUGCUCUUCCUUUAUGUCCUCCAGGGCAUCCCUCUGGGCCUGGCCGGGAGCAUCCCUCUCAUCCUGCAGAGUAAGAACGUCAGCUACAAGGACCAGGCCUUCUUCAGCUUUGUCUUCUGGCCCUUCAGUCUCAAGCUGCUGUGGGCCCCUCUGGUGGACGCGCUCUACCUGACCCGGUUUGGACGCAGGAAGUCGUGGCUGGUGCCUACCCAGUACCUGCUGGGCCUCUUCAUGCUGUACCUGUCGGUUACCGUGGAUACGCUGCUGAAACGUGACGAGGGGCGGGGCCCUGACGUGGUGACCCUGACGGCGGUGUUCUUCAUGCUGGCCUUUCUGGCAGCCACCCAGGACAUAGCAGUGGAUGGCUGGGCUCUGACCAUGCUGUCUAGGGAGAACGUGGGCUACGCCUCCACCUGUAACUCUGUGGGACAGACUGCUGGCUACUUCCUAGGCAACGUGCUCUUCCUGGCCCUGGAGUCAGCUGACUUCUGCAACAAAUACCUGAGAGCAGAGCCUAAAGAGACUGGCAUCGUUACACUGUCAGAAUUCCUGUUUUUCUGGGGCGUGGUGUUCCUGGUGUCGACCACGCUGGUGGCCGUUAUGAAGAAGGAGAACGCCAGGGGACAGCACGGGAAGAGGAAGGUCCGGGAGGAGACGCAGAGCGUCGUGGAAACAUAUAAACUGCUGGUCUCCAUCAUCAAGAUGCCUGCCGUGUUCACCUUCUGUAGCCUGCUGCUCACUGCUAAGAUAGGUUUCUCUGCAGCAGACACAGUGACCGGUCUGAAGCUGGUAGAGGCAGGUGUUCCUAAAGAGCAGCUGGCGUUACUGGCUGUCCCCAUGGUCCCACUGCAGAUACUACUACCACUCAUCAUCAGUAAAUACACUGCAGGACCACGACCACUAGACGUCUUCUACAGGGCCUUUCCCUUCAGGUUGUUGAUAGGUCUGGAGUAUGCCCUGUUGGUGUGGUGGACUCCCAGUUUAAAGCAGGAUGGGGAAUUCCCCCUCUACUACUACGCUAUAGUACUGUUCAGCUACGCACUGCACCAGGUGGCUCUGUACAGCAUGUAUGUGGCCUGUAUGGCUUUCCAUGCUAAAGUGAGUGACCCAGUGAUCGGUGGGACCUACAUGACCCUGCUGAACACGGUCACCAACCUGGGGGGAAACUGGCCCUCCACCCUGGCACUGUGGAUGGUCGACCCACUCACCUCGAAGGAGUGCCAGGGAGCCGCCGGACAGAGCUGUGGCUCUUCAGAGGAGGCGGGGCUGUGUGUAAAGGAGGGCGGUGUGUGUGUGACGUCGUUGGAUGGUUACUAUGUGGAGUCGGUGGUGUGUGUGUUGAUAGGUCUAACGUGGUGGGUGUGGCUAGGGAAGAGGAUGAGAAGGCUACAGGACCAGAGCCCUGCAGCGUGGAGGUGCAGGAUCGGCCAAUGACAGCAUUCACCCAGCUCCUGACCUGCACAACCCCUUUCCUGACCCCAGCAAGGCCAAUCGCCAGAUAGCUACAGUCUGAUAUAAAAGCUUGCUCUCUUAUCUUUUCUUCUCGCUCACUUUCAGUUGGUCUAUUUUGGUAUUUCUCUGUCCCUCCAGUUGUCCCUCACUGUCCCUCACUGUCCCUCUCUCAACCUUCUCUGAGUCUCUGUUCUUCCCAGCCUUCUCUUUCUCUGCUCGGUGUGUGUAAAUUGUCCUUCAGCAUAAUAACUGUAGCUGUGGUCUGGCUACCACGUGACUAUGGACCAUAACAGUCAAUAACAACAGUCAAUUCCUCCUUGCAACAUCACAUCUUCACCAGGACUUCUGUCGCUUCAACUACUUUAUGUCCCAUUGGAAACAAAAAAAGAAGGAACUGUUCUUCUUGCUACGGAACAUUUAUAGUAGACAUUUACAUUUACUACUGAUCCUUCUUCUCGUUCCACAUACUCGGUAUCUUCAACUAUUUCAUUGGACUUGUCACUUGUAUUAUUUGUGCCUUUGCUCGGUUCUUCAGACUGUCGUCAUAAAGUUGGCUGAUAUUUGAAAAGACUUUCAUCAAUGGUCAUAAAAAAGCAAACCACAUGAAAUGUUGAGAUGUAGGCCAAGGCCUGCUUGAUAAACAGGUCAAAUGUGUCUGUAACAUGGAGUCAGAAAUCCCAUCUGUAUUGUUGAUGGUAAUCCAUAGCCCCUUUGACAGAAAUGCCUAAACUAUAACAGUACUGUUUUAAUAUAUGUCUGUAAUUUUUGGAAUUACAACAGUAUUUUCUCUAAACCAGCACUGAGAGGUCAGAGGUUGUGUGAAAGGGAGAAGGCAGUAAACAGUCAGGUCUGGGAUCAUUUAUAAUGGUUCUGUUUGGAUUGUGUGAUACAAAUGAUAUUUUUUUCUGUGUAUUUGUUGAAAUGAUCAAGAGUUUUUUUAAAAAUUUGUUUUGGGUCUCUGCUGUAUUCCACAUCAGGCUACACAAAAAAAAACAUUUACAUUGAUCCCAUGUGUGGAAACCUGAUCAUUCAGAUUCUCUGUUUCUCCCUUCAUUUCUGUCCCAACCACAGGUCCAAAUUCAGAUGCGGCUCAGUUUCUAAAUGUGAAAGUCAGGGUUGGGGUAUAAUGAGAUGAUCCUAAAUCAGGUGUUUCUCCUUUGUGGGGGACAAAAAAAAGGUGCACACUGAGUUUCCUCACCGAUGUAAAGCCUUCAUACUGUGAGUUUCCUCACCGAUGUAAAGCCUUCAUACUGUGAGUUUCCUCACCGAUGCAAAGCCUUCAUACUGUGAGUUUCCUCACCGAUGUAAAGCCUUCAUACUGUGAGUUUCCUCACCGAUGUAAAGCCUUCAUACUGUGAGUUUCCUCACCGAUGUAAAGCCUUCAUACUGUGAGUUUCCUCACCGAUGUAAAGCCUUCAUACUGUGAGUUUCCUCACCGAUGUAAAGCCUUCAUACUGUGAGUUUCCUCACCGAUGCAAAGCCUUCAUACUGUAAGUGAGUUUCCACACCGAUGCAAAGCCUUCAUACUGUGAGACUUUUGUUAUCCUUGAACAUAUCGUUUUUUAACUUUCUGUUUAUUUUACAACAGUACUUUUACAGUUAUUUUAAUAUGACCUAUACAACUCUACCAGCAUUCACUUACAUAGAGAUAUGUAUGUAUACAGUCAGGUCCAUAAAUAUAAAAAGUGCUGUAAUUCCUACACUGUUCACCUGAUUUGGAUGUAAAUACCCAGAAAUUACAGCUGAAAGUCUGCAUUUUUAGCUCAUAGUCAUUAUUUAAUUUAAUCCCCAAUAUGCUGUGGUAGACAGCUAAAAUAAUAAUAACUUGGUUAAUGUUCAAAUAUUUAUGGACUUUGACUGCAGCUAUGAUUUGUUUCAUUUACCAAAUAAUUAAAUUAAAUGAAUGUUAAUUUUGUG